AUGACACCACCGGGGAUUGAGCUCAGAUUUCGUCAAAAUUCAGACCGGAUCGUAACUGUUCGGAGAUUAAUAGAUAACUUGAAUAGGAAAAUUAAAGCGCAUGAGCCUGCACUGUUUAAGCUUAUCUCCCAUACUCUUACCAGAACUGAGGAGUUGAAUGCCCACAUUGCGUCUCUUGAACAUACUAUCAAGUAUUUCAGUGAAUCAAACAUGGAAAAACGGAGGCGGGUACAUCGUAUUCGGCAGUCUAUGACACGUUGUUACACUGCAUCCCAACAGCUAUCGAAGCAGCAAGCCAGUUUAGUCAGGCACUUUGUUACUGUUGCACAGAGGAAGAAAAUACUGGUGGUCGACCUUGAUUUUAUCAAUCAGGAGAUCAAGCAAAUUCAUGAUAAGUAUUUUACAGAACUACUUGGAGUAUAUUUUGUCACCGAGCUAUCUGCGGAUGGUUUAUCUCCGGAUCGGUUUGUCGAUUCACCUCUACACAUUGACAAGGAGAACAUUUUUACAGGUCCAGAACCCACGCCUUCCAGUCACACAGCUUUAACAUACUGCUCUGUAGCUAUAAGAGUUGCAACUAUUUUAUUAGAUGUUUGGUUACCGCUAUUUCUUCGUCGCAGUUUGCAUUUAGUCGGAUCAUUUCUGUCUGCACUACCGCAAAGAGAUGAUAUGGGCCGUGUAUACUCCGCAGUUAUACAUGCUGUUCACCUUUUAUGCCAAAGCCGUGGUAUUGACGUGAAGUGUCGGCUUGAACAACUGGGAAUAAAUAUGGUGCCUGGACGGUAUACCUAUUAUAACCCAUUAUUUGGAUUAUAUUGUCUUGGAAAUCCGGUCAGUUGCAAUAAUAAAUCAACUAGAUACUUUGAUGAAUGUUAUACUAUAAAACUUAAUGGAUUGUUCGGAACAAUUCCAUCAUUCAAUCAUUUCAAUCAUUCAAUUCCAGUUCGAUUCAAUUCAUGUUAUUUCCAAAAUUCAUUUGAAAAAGGUGAAGAAGUCGAUGAAAUGUUUGGUUUAUCAAGUAGUAAUGAGUCAACUGUGCUAUUCAAUGAAAAAUCUGAUCAUCCUCCCCACACAUUGAAUUCAACAACAACACCUUCUACAUCUGAAUGUUGUUGUAUACACUCAUCAUCAAUGACCACUACUGGUGGUGGUGGUGGUGGACAUUGUGAAGAGUAUAAGUCAUCGGUUAGUUUAGAAUGCUGGGAACUAGUGUCUUUAACACCACCACCACCAUUGGAAUCGGAAGCUAGUGAUACAAUGGGUGCUACUCAUCCUCCUGCUCCUCCUCCGCCUACCACCACUACUACUAUGACUUCUGCUGCUACAUCCGAUAGUGUUACAUCAUCAUUUGAUUCACUACAUCAUUCAAGUCCAUUGUCAACAGUUUGGCGGUUGGCUAAGGUGAUUAUGCGAACUUCAGAGCCUGGUAGUAGUAGUGAAUCUAACUGCUGA